AUGUUCGGUUCUGUUUCCUGGGUUUACGGCUCAGCCUGCAGCUGGUUCCGACUCGGCGCUGACGUGGAGUCAGCUCUGGAGAAGGUCCAGGCCCGGUCGGCGUCCGGCCCGGUGGAGGUGGCCCUGCCGGGUCCGGUGUUUGACCUGAGCUCCCUGGUUCUGUUCGGGGCUCAGGCCGUUCCCGUCCAGCUGAAGAUUUUACUGGACCGGCUGUACAGCGUCCUGCCUCCAGAGCAGGUGGGCCAGAUCCUGACCGGUCUGGGCUGGACUCUGGGUGAUUACGUCCGAGGAUACAUGCUGCAGCGUCCUGGUGGGGGCGUGUUGGAGCGCUGGGACACGGCCACGCCCCGAGAGCAGCUGCUGCUCCUCAGACAGUUCCUGCGCUUCGGAGAGACGCGGCCCAUCGUGGAGGAGAUGAUCCUGCAGCAGCUGGAGGGCGAAGCGCUGCAGCCUGCGCUGCGGCCUGAGCUGCUGCCUGAGCUGCGGCCUGAGCUGCGGCCUGCGCUGCAGCCUGCGCUGCGGCCUGAGCUGCGGCCUGAGCUGCGGCCUGCGCUGCAGCCUGCGCUGCGGCCUGAGCUGCGGCCUGAGCUGCGGCCUGAGCUGCGGCCUGAGCUGCGGCCUGCGCUGCAGCCUGAGCUGCGGCCUGAGCUGCGGCCUGAGCUGCAGCCUGAGCUGCGGCCUGAGCUGCGGCUCAACGGUCCGGUGAGAAACGUCCAGUCCGGUUCCAACGACGGAGCGUCUGCUCUGCAGACCUCCCCUCUGAGAGAAAACGUCCCGGCCGGACAGUCGGUCCUCCUGUCUUUCCAUUUUCCACAAUCGGCCGCCUGCCGUUCAGCCAAGGGUUUAUUUCCUGAGCUGCAAAACGUCCUGCAGGAUUUCAGGAAACACAAACUGCUUCGAUGUGGGGAGGUCGACUCUGAACGGCAGAGAUCAGAACCGGCCUUGUCCAUAAAAACCGACCCGGACAACUCAAAUCCCUCACAGUGGCAACAGAACCCCGUCCUCCACCAGGACCGGGUUUUCCUCCAGAAGAGAGAGAAAACUGCUUCCUUUUCCUCUUCCUUCAACUUCACACUUCCACCUUCCUCCUCCUCCUCUUCCUCUCGCCUACAACAUCCUCAGACCCUUCCCUCCUUCUCCUCCUCUUUCCUAAGACCUCUUCCCUCCUUCUCUUCCCCUCUCCUCCCUGUCCCUGCGCCGUGUUCGUCCCUCCAUCCUCUCCCGUCUUCGCUUUGCUCCUUCCCUUCCCUCCUGGCUGCCGGGGGCCGGAAGGGCCGGGUCAGCUGUGGCGUCUGUGGCAAAAGCUUCUACGACAAAGGAACCCUGAAGAUCCACUACAACGCCGUCCACCUGCAGAUCAAACACCGCUGCACCGUUCUGGGCUGCGCCAUGGUGUUCAGCUCCCUGCGCAGCCGCAAUCGGCACAGCGCCAACCCGAACCCGCGGCUGCACGGCAGCAGAGACGCUGCGCCGCACCCAAACACGCCGCGUGGACAGAGCGGCGUUCACGCUCCGACACAGAGACACAACGAUGCCUCUCACAGCGAGACUCAGGAAGCCCCCAAAGCUCCGCCCCUCGUCCCUCCAGCUCCACCCUCAGGAGAAAUCCGGCCCUCACUCACCGACCUGCAGGCUGCUCAGCAGUGGUGGCAGGAGAAUCAGUCCUUACCACAGAAGAAGAAACCCAGGAAGUCCAGCAUGCCGCUGAAAAUAGAAAGAGAAACGACUCAAAGCAGCAAACAUGAAGGCCAGAGCUGAAGAGCUGAAAGAUUGAAAUAUUGUUUUCACUCAUAAAAAGCUUCAGUAUGUCGGUUUUAAUCCAACCCGGUUUGAAGUUUGUGGUUUUUAAACCAGAGUCGAUUAAAAAUGCGGAAUGGCCCUUUAGCCGUCCCCGAAU